AUGGUGGAAGACAAAUACAUAGGGCUCAUGCUGGCCAUGAGUUCGUCCCUGGCCAUCGGCGCGAGUUUUGUAAUUACCAAGAAGGGUCUCAAUGCCUCCAUCGAGAAGCAUGGUUUCGACGGAGACGGCUUUGGAUAUCUCCAGAACCCCGUGUGGUGGGCAGGCAUCAUCACAAUGGUACUCGGCGAAAUAUUCAAUUUCGCUGCAUAUGCCUUCGCCCCCGCCAUCCUCGUGACCCCCCUCGGAGCUCUCUCCGUCCUCAUUGGUGCUGUCCUCGGCUCGUACUUUUUGGACGAACAAUUGGGUCGUUUGGGAAAGAUUGGCUGCGCAAUAUGUCUGAUCGGCUCCGUCAUCAUUGUGCUACACGCGCCGCCGGACAAGGAAGUUCAGUCGGUCGAGGAGAUUCUGGACCUUGCUCUACAGCCUGGCUUCCUCUUCUACUGCGCCUUCUGCGUCGUCUUCUGCGUCUUCAUGAUCUACAAGAUCGCGCCCAAGUACGGUCGCAAGAACCCCCUCAUCUACCUUUCCAUCUGCUCCACCUCCGGUUCCGUUUCCAUCAUGUUCAUCAAGGCUUUCGGUAUUGCGCUUAAGAUGACAUUUGCGGGCAACAACCAGUUCACGCAUCCUUCGACAUACGUCUUCGUCAUCUUGGUAGUGGGGUGCAUCCUCACUCAGAUGAACUACUUCAACAAGGCGCUGAGCCAGUUUUCCACAAACAUCGUAAACCCCCUCUACUAUGUUACUUUUACGACCUGUACACUUGUUGCUUCGUGUCUUUUGUUCCAAGGCUUCAACACCACGUCUGCUGUCAACACUAUUUCUCUCCUUUGUGGUUUUCUUAUUAUCUUUUCUGGUGUAUACCUUCUCAACCUAUCGCGCGAAGACCCCUGCGCCGAUCCAGCACUUGGCUCUCGAUUCGACGGUCCGCCAUCUGAUGCCAUCUCUGGUUUCCCUACAAGACGCAGUAUGCAAUCGCGACGCAGCGGAGAUCCUUACGAACACCAGUCGAAUGGCGUUAUCCGAAAUAGCAGGUCUAGCUAUGCAGAUGCAGGUGACAGAAGCGCACUGAUGCACGAUUACGAUGCUGAGAACCAGUUCGAGCUGGGUGAUCUUGCCGGUGAUAGCGAUGACGAUCUGGAGAGCGGUCGCAACACAAAGCGACCCAGCUUUGAUGAGGAGACGCGGCUGAGUGGCAGACUCAGUGGGACAGGCAGAGGGCGGUAUGGGUUUGAAGGAUUGGGAGAUGGCCCCCGAGAUAAAGGUGCCGGCCACUUGUAUUUGUACUACGAUAGCAUGACAUGGAUACCCAGAGAAAUCCCGGCGAUUAUGCUGGGUAUCAUUUCUCCACAGAUGAAUAUCAGACAUUCAUAUUCCGAAUCAUCAAGACGCGCCAGCAAAUCAGCAAUUAUGGCGACUGCAAACUCAUCCAAAGAACACCAGCUUUUGCAGCAGGCGGAAAAGACCCUAUUACAUCCAAUUCACCCGCAUCUGAUAUCCUACUGCCCUAGCAUGGAUCUUGUUGCAGUAGUCACGGAUGAAGAGAAUCUAGAUGUCUACAGAAUCAACGGCCAAAGGGCUUUUGGUCUGAAGAGAAAGAGCGAGGGUGUGUGCGUCGAUGCAAUGCAGUGGGAAUUUAACGGCAAAAGUAUCGCUGUUAGUUGGAGCGAUGGGAGCACAGACUUGAUCAGUGCAGAAACAGGCAAGGUUACGCACAAAGAUGUCAUGCUACCGGAUGUCGAAGAAGGAAAUGGUAGCAUGACGGAAGAAGCUCCAGCACGGGUCAAGUGUAUAGGCUGGGGUCUGAACUUCAUCAAUGUCGAUGCUGUCAAAAAGAGGACAGGGUUGAUGUCAAAGACGAAUGGCGCCACAUCUGAGAAGACUGAUGCAUUUGAGAACCCUACAACCGAAGAUUGGGAUGCUUUCAAGGAUGACAUAACGUUGGAGGAUUUCCUGCAACGACAGCCUGAUUUCCAAACUUUGGAUAUUGCACCCGACCUGCCAGAUCAACUUGCGAUGAUGGACACGGACGCGCUAUUACCCAAACUUCCUGCGAUACCACUCCCACCAGCACUACCGUUUAUGCGCAUAUCGCAGGCAGAUUCCGGUGCGUUUGGUUCUCAAGCCGAGGUGGAUUCGUUGCUGCAUUCACAUCACUUGAAGGACCAUAACUCUGUGGACAUGUUCAUCCGUUUGUCUGACCGAGGGACCGUACAUCCGUCAAUAUACGAUUCGCUAGAAACGGUCAACGUCCAACUACCGAAGGCAUGGAACACACUACAUAUGCCGCUAUUACACACAAGCCAUCCAUAUAGCUGUACCCACAGCCUUUUGAUGCGGACAAUCUCUGCUGCCUCGCCAGCAAGAAAGAGUAUCGCCUUUGUUCCGCUCACGCUAAACUUCAUCCCUACCGCGGGAAUCUACCUCCACCUCAUAGCCGCAAAAACCUCGCAGCUACAGAACCUCCUUCUUUAUAUCACGCAAACCUUGCAACGGGUCAGAGCUUUCUUUAAACACGCGCAAGAUUUGCCGCGAAAGUUUAUGAUGAACAUAAGCGAAACACUCGAAGAGAAAGAGUUGGGCGACCUAGUCACGAAUCUGUUCCACAUAGCCUGUACAGGGAGUUGUAACCCUACAAUGAAAGAAUGGUUGGUCGACGAGCUAGCAGAAGCAGGCCAUAAGCGUUGGGACACGACUGUCACAUCGUCCUUUACAACACUUCUUGCCCUUCUUCACGAGAACCUCAUCCCGGCGUUGGACCGCUGCUCCAUUGUCAUAUCACGUUUGCGCGGUCUCGCGCAGUUUCAUGAUCGAGACUGGAUUUUCAGCGGACACAUCACCGACUUCUCAGCCCUUUUAGAAACGCUCAAAAAUAUGAGGCUGCUCGCUCAUACCGCCAUGCUCUAUGCGACGGAAGAGAAGCGCCAAUUUUACAGCUUCAGCAAGUGGCUGCGCUUCACUAUUGAUUUCCAGGCUACGGAGCCGGAAUCUCAAUCGCGCGUAGAAAUGGAACAACGGGAUCCGGGAGUCGACGUAUCACAGGUCCUUGCGUAUAUCCAGUAUGGCCUCACCAAAUCUGAUGUUGCUCUCUACUUGGGGCCGGAAGCUCAGUUGGAUCCCAAAAGUCGAGAGAAGGAGGCAGCAAGUUAUGAAGACACAAAGAGGGCAAUUGCGUUGCUGAAAGAAGGCGCAACAUUCAAGGAAGAGGCCCUGUGUUUGGAACAUGUACUGCGACAUUUGGCAACCGGCGUGACUGGCUUGCUGAAACAGGUGAGCAAAUGGCAGCAGGCCAAUAUCCAAAUGGACUCGGGCCUUGUCCUCGAAGACAUGGGAGCUGAAGAUGAGGAAUCGAAUAUUGUGGCGGAUAUUCGAAUGGUAUCUGAAAAGCCUUCUCAAGAAACCUUCUGUGACACCGUAUCGACAUACAUCCUCUUCUCAUCAAAAUCCACACCAGCCCACCUGCACAUCCACCGCCUCGCCCACGCCCAGAGUAUAUCCCACCUAGCUCGCGAUCUCCACUCCCACGCCAUAUCCACACUGGACUUCAGCACCGGAGAGGCAUCUUCAACCAAGAUCCUCGACGCCAAAUUCGCGGAUGACGAAAACUUGCUUGUCCUCUUGCAACUCUCACCGUCAAAUGGCGACCGCAAAAAACACUCCAAACCAACCAACGUUAUCGUCUCUCUGCCUUAUACACACACUACCGUGCCAUCUGUGCACAAGCAGCCGCACCAGCAACAGCACCAAAAAGAACAGCUGAUAUCAUUCACGUCCCCUACCUCCCCUGCUUCGGUCCCCUCUUGCCUCCUUCCUCAAGGCAAACCCGUGGCGCAUUCCUCUCGACACACUAUCCAUGUGACCCCCGAAGACGUAGAAAAGCACACACGCCACGUCUUUGAAGGCCGCUUUACGCCGCUCAAGUUGGUGGUAAACGGGCGAAAGGACAGGAGGGUAAUUGUGGUUUUGGGAAGCGACAGGAAGCACUAUAGGAUCUUGGAUAUGGAUUACAGUGUCAAGAAGAAGAGGAGGAAGAGCAAGGCUAGUGCAGAUGUAGAGCAGGACGACGACGACAGUGGUAGUGAUCAGGAUGGACACCAGGGAUACAUAAGUCAACAUGUAGAUGGAGACGUCGAAAUGGGUGGGGCAUAG